AUGUUACUACGUGUUUUCGUUCGUAUUUUUUCCCUACUCCUCCUAGCUCGGAUAGCAUGGUCCUAUCCUCUUAGUUCAUCGAUAGGCCAACGGAACAAUGUACUCUUUCGAAAUUCAGAUACUCACUGGGUCAGCAUAUGGACUGCCAUGCCUCAGUUGACCGAGCCAGCCAAUCUACCUCCACCUCCCUAUAACUCCUCAACAUACAUAUUUCAAAAUACUACCAUCCGCCAGACCAUUCGUGUCACCCAACCAGGUCAUGAGAUUCGUUUACGCUUGUCUAAUGCAUUCGGCCUGGAAGAUCUUUCAGUGACCAAGGUUGCAGUCAGUCUACCCGUAGACCAGAAGCUCGGGACGAGUGCGAUUCAGUCCAAUACCACGAAGGAUGUUCUCUUCAGCGGUAGCGCAGACAUAGUCAUCCCGAAUGGAGGUUUAGUCGUUUCAGACCCCAUUGCAUUCCCGGUGAAAGCGCAAGAUACGCUCACUAUCGACAUCUAUCUGGAACAGGGUCAGGGUGGAGGUGCAAUUACCUCCCAUCCAGGAAGUAGAACAACAUCAUGGAUGAGCUUGGGUGACUGGGUCGGAAAAAGGAAUCUAACAGACUCUUCGGUGGAGAGUGUUGAUCACUGGUAUUUUAUCAGCGCCAUUGAAGCUCACCUCCCAUCCACGAGCCGCAGCUGCGCAAUCAUUGGCGACAGCAUCACCGACGGACGAGGAAGCGAUACGAACAAGAACAACCGCUGGCCCGACCUCCUCCUAACCCGCAUGCAGCAAACCCCAACGACCAAUUCAAUUGCUCUCCUCAACCAAGCAGCAGGUGGCAACCGAAUCCUCGCAGAUGGGCUCGGCCCAAACGUAAUCAGUCGCAUUGACCGCGACGCCCUAGCUCAGUCCGGCGUCCGAUACGCUAUUAUCUUUGAAGGCGUCAAUGACAUCGGAGUCGCUGAUGCCGACCCAGAGGUCCAGAAGAAGAUCGGCGAUAGACUUAUCGUUGCCUAUCAGCAGAUCGUGACCCGUCUCCACGCAGCCAGCAUUCCUGUGUUCGGGGCUACUAUAACGCCCUUUGGUGCACCAGCUAAUGCUUCUGAUGUACAACCCUACUCGAACCCUGUAAGGGAGGACACGCGUCAGAGAAUUAACGAAUGGAUAAGGACGAGUGGUGUGUUUGAUGCUGUUUUGGAUUUUGAUCAAGUGCUUAGAGAUCCUGAGGCACCGGCACAACUUGCAGAUGAGUACGAUUCGGGCGAUUAUUUACACCCGAAUGUAGCGGGCUAUCAAGCGCUGGCGGAUUAUUUUCCUAUGGAUUUGUUUGAGGAGUACAGAAGCUAG